GUGGGGUGAUAAUAAGGCAAAGCUCGAAGCCCCAACCUUCCUCGAUGCCUCCAACGACUACGACAACUAGACGCAGCCGUCUGGCGCUGAAGAACCCCCGGCGGUCUACUAUGCACCGGAUGCGGCUGGCGAACCAGUGAUCCCGGCGAUGGACUAUGCCUGGAGUAAGCUCCUAUUCGAUUUAGAGCUCCUGGAUACUACGGCGUUAGCGGAGCUCGUGGAUAAAGAGAUGCCUCUAAUGGCUGGAAGCUCCGGAGGAGUCAGCCCUCGGACUUCACGUUGCCCACGCCCUGUCAUGGAACGCCUCCCUGACUUACGCCCUCGUGCGAUUACUGCCUCGGGCAGAGGCAGACGAGCGCGUCCGCCCGACUUUACACCGCCCGUCUCUGGCCUUAGCAAAGCUAUAUCUGGAAUGCCCGGCUCUCCUCAGAAUAAAGCCUUCUUUAGAAUAUCCGGGCCCCCGCACGAUAAAGCCGACUCUAGACGGUCCGGCUCCCCUAGCGACCGGGCCGACUUAGCAGAGAGUAUAUACCUGCUCGUAUCGGCGUUAGUAUAUAAGAUUAAUAAAGAGAAGGUUCUAUUCUCUCCUAAUCGCCGUGCCUAUAAAUAAAUAAGCAGAAAAGGCGUUAAAAACCCGAUUUAGCGUCCUCUAGAGAUUAUAGUCC